AUGAGUCAGGGAAAAAAGAUACAGAGCACAGUAGAAAAGAAUCCUAGGGAAGAAAAUGUUACUGAUGGCCUCCUAGAAAAAGAUGCAGAACCUCCAGCAUUCAAGAAGUUACAUAUUAAUAUCCCCUUUGCUGAAGCACUGGAACAAAUGCCUAGCUAUGUCAAGUUUAUGAAAGAGAUCCUAUCUAAUAUGAGGAACACAGGAGAUUAUGAAACUGUAGCAUUGACAAAAGAGUGUAGUGACAUUUUGCAAAGGAAGCUUCUGCAAAAGUUAAGAGAUCCAGGGAGCUUUACCAUACCUUGCACCAUUUGGGACUUUGAAUGCAAGCAAGCUUUGUGUGAUUUGGGUGCCCAUUUUAUUGUUCUUGACAUGGAGGAGGAUGCAAAUGUCCCAAUUAUUCUUGGGAGACCAUUCUUAGCUACAAGACAAGCUUUAAUAGAUGUGCAAAAAGGAGAGUUGCGGUUAACAAUACAAGGUAACGAGGUAUUAUUCAAUGUAUUCAAGGCCAUGCCUUAUCCAAGGGAAAGUGAUAGCUGCUUAUUAACACCCAAAACGUGCAUCCACCACUACAAGAAAAAAUGCUUUUAA